UUUACCUGGCGGACAACCCGGUGUACAAAACGCGCGCACCAACCGCCUGGCGAACUUAGAAGAUAACGCAGCAGCAAAGCUACAUAGCUAACCUGAAAUGGCGACGGCGAUUUACUUGGAACAUUAUCUUGACAGUAUUGAGAACCUACCAUGUGAACUACAGAGGAACUUUACUUUGAUGCGGGACCUGGACAGUAGGACUGAAGAGAAAAAGGGAGAGAUUGACAAGCUGGCUGAGGAGUACAUAGCCAAUGUGAAGAACCUGGCCUCUGAACAGAGAGUGGAACACCUGCAGAAGAUCCAAAAUGCUUACAGCAAGUGCAAAGAGUUCAGUGAUGACAAAGUCCAGCUUGCCAUGCAGACCUAUGAAAUGGUGGACAAACAUAUCCGGCGAUUGGAUGCUGAUCUGGCACGGUUUGAGAAUGAACUGAAGGAGAAACUGGAAGUGAGCGGCUAUGAAAGUCCAGAUGGAAGAGGCCUGAAAAAGGGUGAUUCCCGAGGGCUGAAGGAGAAGCGUGGGUCCAGGGGAAGAGGAAGGAAAGGUUCUGAUGAGGAUUCUCCCAGGAAGAAAAAGCUCAAAAACAGCCCAGAUUUGAGUGAUGCUCUCCUGCCAAUGCAACCGUCAGAUGUUUUGGACAUGCCGGUCGAUCCCAAUGAGCCCACGUACUGCUUGUGCCAUCAGGUGUCAUACGGAGAGAUGAUUGGAUGUGAUAACCCAGAUUGUCCGAUUGAGUGGUUUCACUUUGCUUGUGUUGAUCUUGCCACAAAACCCAAGGGGAAAUGGUUUUGUCCGAGAUGCACCCAAGACAGGAAGAAAAAAUGAGAUUUCAUAUAUUGAAGAAUACUUAAUGUAUGUAUUUUGUUGAUGUAGUUGAAUAGUGUAAUAUAUACUUCUUUUUCUAUAGUAACUCUCCAUAGAAGUGGUGGGUCAUAAAGCUUUUAUUUAAAGGCCCAAUCCGGAAUUGGAGUAUAGCUCCUCUUGUGGCACCACUGUUCCACCUCAAUUGGCUUUGCUAUGUUUGCUUCAUUGGAUUUAGGACAGUUGUCUGUCUUCAGCUGUUUUACAAUAGUAAAAUUACAUUUGUAUAGUGUACUAUAGGGGAAAACCAGCCUGGGUAUUUUGAGCUAGGGUGGAAUCAGAAAGUUGCAGAGCUUAUUGUUCAUCAGCAAGUUUUUCCUUUCAAGAGUUUGUGUAUAUACUCAUUACUGAUGUACUCAGAAAUCCCGGAUUGUGGCUUCAACAUACUUGAAAUGAAAAUUUUAUAAAGAACUAUUUUUCAAACAAAUUAAUAACCUGCUGAGAAUUUACAAUUUUAAACCCCUAAAUCCUGACUAAAAUAACAGUGGUAAAAGGCAUGAUCAUGUGUCUGAUUUUUAAGUUACCUACCUCCUUAGGGCAUGCAUAAGCACUGUAUAAAUGACUGCAAUUGAUACCUGUGUAAAAUUUGCAUUUUGAUUAGCUUAAACCAAACACAUAAAGCAUUGUAAAUUUAUUCUGCCCUGUCUUAAGCUACAAAGCUUUCUGGUUACAGGUGGUGUACUAUAUUUUUUAUUGAUUUGCAAAAACCUGCGACAUUUUUGAAUGUAUUGUGGUACUAUUGAUCAGUCAAUCAGUGUCUUUUGUCAACUGAAUGAGGUAUUGAAGCACUUUUAAUGAAAUUUGCCCCUGAAGAGGUUGGAUACUGCAGGCUUGGUUUUAUGAUAUAAUUUAUCUCAUUUAAAACUUUGCCAUAGUACAUCACUUCAAACAGUAUGAAAAUAUAUAUAUAUAUAUUUUGUAUGAUAUGAAACAAUAUUUUGUGGACAAACUUUCUUUCCAAAGAUAUAUUUGUUGUAUUUCUUACUUCUUGGUGAACACUCAUUUAAAUGAUUUUUAUUUAAUAGGAUUUUUAGCAUCUAUUUGUCCAUAUUCAACUGUGAAUAUCACUCAUCAAAGUGUAAUGUAAAUGAAAGCCACACAUAAAGGAGCCAAAGUCUUUGUAUUUUGUAAAUUUCAGUAUUUUAUAUCAAAUAAAUAUUCACAACUAUGAA